CUCAAAUUGAACAAAUAAUUUCGGAAAGAUAAAGGUCACAGCUCGAUCAACAAGUCUGUUCUAUGACCUAAGUUGACCUUCAGUACUCAGUCGUCGUGAAGACACAAAAGGUCUUGAAUUGCCUAGUGGUUGCCGAUCGGGUGUGCCGAAGCCAUUGAACGAGAUUACUUUUCCACAGUUCCACAGGUGCCCACACCGACCACCUUUGUGACAAUGCCAGGUCUCUAGUUGUGGAUUGCGGAUGUUUUACCUAUGGACCGGCUACGAGAAACUACAAUAGCAAGGGACCUGACGGUUGGCGAACGGUAGACUUAUUUCCUCCUUCAAAUCUCCAUCUCCAUCUCCAACUUCUCAACUUCAUUCGCGUUAACAUGCAGACAUUCAACUCAAACGUCGAUUCACCAUCGGUUUCAGCUACCACCGGUGGGCCACGGAAUCCUUCGGAUGUGGCUAUAGGCGAGGACUUUGGCCUUGAGAUCGUCAGUAACAGUGUUAGCUGUCGUCAGCUGCAACUUGUCGAAGACAAGGCCGAUAUCGUUCAGUCGCACACAAGUCUUCCAUCGCUUAUUUCCCGCCUCCCGACCGAGAUUCUUUCGGAAAUCUUCCUUUACUGUCUGCCCGAAGACGAGCAUCUGGUGAACGCAUCAAAACAGGCUCCUAUGCUGUUGACCAACAUAUGUCGCCGAUGGAGGGAGAUUGCUGUGGGAAUGCCCAGGUUGUGGUGCAGCCUGCAGGUGGAAUUCUGGUACCCAUACUGGCAGAUGAGAGCCUCCGCCCACGAACGCUGGCAGGCGAGAGCUUUGGGCUACGACUCCUGGCUCAAGCGAUCUGGAGGACGUCCCCUCUCAUUAAAACUUGAGUGUGGCAAUGACUGGAGCGAGCUGCAGAGCCUGCUCCAGCCAUACGUUCAGCAAGUCUCAUCUCUCUCACUUGGCUUCAUAUCCCACGACGGCCCCUUCAUGUUAGAAGACUUCCAGUCACUUAAGGAACUUACUAUCCACACAUACGUGUUUGAUGAUUACGAACGAGCUAUUAACCCCUCUCUUUCAAAAUUACCGGUUAAUCUGCGCACGAUUAACAUGAAGAACGUGUGGUUCAACCACUGGCUAUUAGAUUCCUUCGCUGAUUCCGGAUGGGACCGUCUCACACAUCUGGAGAUCAGCGUAGAUGGACGACACGCGGGCGCCCGCAUACUCAGUCUAUGUCCUAAUCUCUCUUCGCUGAAGAUGACUGGAUCAUUCGACCUGGGUCAGACUGCAGAACCAGUCACGCACACCAACCUUCGAUCCUUGCACAUAUCUUGGACCGAAAUUCGGAACUUGACCGGAGAUCCUGGCCCAUUCCAGGUUAUGACACUCCCGAGCCUUCGGGUGCUUGAAGCUAGCCAUAGGGGGCCGUGGCCGCAUGAACCUUUCAUGGAAUUCUUGACACGGUCAAAAUGUACCUUGGAGAGGCUGGUUCUCCACAGUGAGGUGUGGACAACAGAAGAGGAACAUGCAGAAUAUGCUACCCUUUUUCCUUCCUUCGAAAAGAUUGAUGAUCCCUAUGCAGUUUUCAUGUAGAUGGACAAUAGGCGAC